UUUAUCGAUCUCGAAGUUCAUAUGUUCAUCUACUUGAAAUUCAUGGCGAGCACGAGGAAGGAGACUCAUGCCGCCGACGAGACGCCGCCCUCCGCCGUGGGGUAUCCAUUGGCGGAGAAAACCUCGGAGAUCGCCGCAAACAUAGCCUACCACGCUCACUACACCCCUCACUUCUCUCCUCUCAAGUUCGAUUUGGAACAAGCGUAUUAUGCCGCGGCUGAGAGCGUUCGUGAUCUUCUCAUCCAGAGGUGGGAUGAGACUUAUGUUCAUUUCCACAAGGCGGAUCCCAAGCAGACUUACUACUUAUCUAUGGAGUAUCUUCAAGGUCGUGCUCUUACUAAUGCUAUUGGAAACCUUGAUCUUGUGCAAGGUUAUGCUGAUGCUUUAAAUCAGUUGGGGCAUAAGCUUGAGGAGAUUGUAGAACAGGAAAAGGAUGCAGCUUUGGGUAAUGGAGGCUUAGGUAGGCUAGCUUCAUGCUUUUUAGAUUCAAUGGCAACAUUGAACUUGCCUGCAUGGGGUUAUGGCUUACGGUACCGAUAUGGUUUGUUCAAGCAGCGAAUAUCCAAGGAGGGCCAAGAAGAAGUAGCUGAAGAUUGGCUUGAGAAAUUCAGUCCGUGGGAGAUUGUGAGGCAUGAUGUCACAUUUCCAGUCAUAUUCUUUGGCCAUGUUGAGGUUUCUCCUGAUGGAUCUCGACAGUGGGUUGGUGGUGAGGUUCUUCAGGCACUGGCUUAUGAUGUACCAAUUCCUGGAUAUAAGACCAAAAAUACUAUUAGUCUUCGCCUCUGGGAAGCCAAAGCUACUGCUGAUGAUUUUAAUCUAUUUCAGUUCAAUGAUGGACAGUAUGAAUCUGCUGCUCAACUUCACUCUAAAGCCCAGCAGAUUUGUGCAGUUCUGUACCCAGGAGAUGCUACUGAGAAUGGGAAAAUCUUAAGACUGAAGCAACAGUUUUUCCUUUGUAGUGCAUCACUGCAAGACAUUAUUGCCAGAUUCAAGGAGAGGAGAAAUGGUGUAGGUUCCUUGCAGUGGUCUGAAUUUCCUAGUAAAGUUGCAGUUCAACUGAAUGAUACCCAUCCAACACUUGCCAUUCCAGAAUUGAUGCGAUUACUUAUGGAUGGUGAAGGACUUGGUUGGGAUGAAGCUUGGGAUGUGACAACUAAGACUGUUGCCUAUACAAAUCACACAGUUCUACCAGAGGCAUUAGAGAAAUGGCCAAAAGCUAUAUUAGCAAAACUUCUCCCUCGUCAUUUGGAGAUCAUUGAAGAAAUAGAUAAGCGGUUUAUGGCUUUGAUUCAUUCCACCCGAACUGAUAUGGAAGACAAGCUCUCCAACAUGCGGAUCCUGGAUAACUCCAAUCCACAAAAACCUGUUAUACGCAUGGCUAAUUUAUGCGUGGUUUCUUCACAUACUGUAAAUGGUGUUGCUCAGUUGCACAGUGACAUCUUAAAGUCAGAGUUAUUCGCAGACUAUGUCUCUGUAUGGCCUACCAAAUUCCAGAACAAAACCAAUGGCAUCACACCUCGUCGGUGGCUCCGUUUUUGCAGCCCAGAGUUGAGCAACAUAAUCACCAAGUGGCUAAAAACAGAUGAAUGGAUCACUAAUCUUGAUCUCCUUUGUGGACUCCGUCAAUUUGCGGAUGAUGAGGCACUCCAUGAGGAGUGGGCUUCAGCUAAGAUGGCUAACAAAUCUCGGCUUGCACAAUAUGUGCUGCAAGUUACUGGUGUAAGCAUCGACCCCAAUAGCCUCUUUGACAUUCAAGUGAAGCGCAUCCAUGAGUACAAGAGACAGCUGCUAAACAUUCUGGGUGCAGUAUACCGAUACAAAAAUCUGAAGGAAAUGAGCAUUGAGGAGAGGAAGAAAGUGACUCCACGGACUGUCAUGAUUGGAGGGAAAGCAUUUGCAACAUACACCAAUGCCAAAAGGAUUGUCAAGCUGGUUAAUGAUGUUGGUGCUGUAGUCAACAAUGAUCCCGAAAUUAGUAAAUAUCUGAAGGUUGUCUUCAUACCAAACUAUAAUGUAUCUGUGGCCGAAAAGCUCAUUCCUGGCAGCGAGCUCUCUCAGCAAACCAGCACAGCAGGUAUGGAGGCAAGUGGGACAGGCAACAUGAAGUUUUCUCUCAAUGGUUGUUUGAUUAUCGGAACAUUAGAUGGUGCAAAUGUUGAAAUUAGAGAAGAAAUAGGCGAAGAGAAUUUCUUCCUUUUUGGUGCCAGAGCAGAUGAAGUCCCAAAACUACGCAAAGAGAGAGAAUUGGGACAGUUCAAACCAGAUCCAAGAUUUGAGGAGGCGAAGCAAUUCAUAAGGAGUGGUGCAUUUGGCAGCUAUGAUUACAACCCUCUUCUUGAUUCCCUGGAAGGGAAUUCUGGUUACGGCCGUGGUGACUAUUUCCUCGUCGGUCAUGACUUCCCUAGCUAUAUGGAUGCUCAGGCCCAGGUGGACGAAGCUUACAAGGAUAAGAGGAGAUGGUUGAAGAUGUCUAUCAUGAGCACAGCAGGCAGUGGGAAAUUCAGCAGUGAUCGAACCAUCAGCCAAUACGCUAAAGAGAUUUGGGAUAUAAAAGCUUGUCCAGUUCCUUGAUUUGGUCUUCAAAUAUACAAGUUCAUAAGCAUGAGCCUACCAUUUAUGUAUAUCAAUAAAUAAGGUCGAAAAGGCGGAGAAAAUAAUCAGCCAUUGCCUUCUCAUCAUUCACAUGAUACACUCUGGAGGGUGUUUUAUCUAUCUACUUUUAUAUUUAAUGUUACUUCCCUUAAUGGGUUGGUAGGUAUCUCAUGUAAAAGGAGUAAAUCCUGUAUCUUGUCAGUUAUUAUUUAUAGAGACUUCUUGUAAUGGUGAAUGCAUUAUCUUAUUUACAUAUGUAAAAUAUGUAUCAUUUGAAUUGGAAAUGAGAAAUAAUGGUCUAAACAUUUUUUUUUAAA